AACAAAUCAGUGCUGUGACUGAGAGUGCGGGGAAACAUUAAUUUACAUAAUGGCACCUGAAAUUGAAACACAGCUCCCUCCUCUUGCGGACACAUUGGAUGAAAAUGAAGCUGAGAGAGCUUUUCUCCUCUCUAAACCAACUUGUUUCCUUAUUGUUGGAAAAUCCGGUGUCGGAAAGAGUACUCUAGCAAAGAAGCUCUCGCAGUCUUGGAAAUGUAUUUUAAUUGAAGCUAAAGAAUUGAUAAGUGAGAAUAUUACAAAGGGAACCGAGCAUGGAAUAAAGAUCCAAGAACUUCUUUACCAAGGUCAAAAUGUUCCAGAGGAACUACUAACACAGUUAAUGAUUGAGAAGAUCAAUUCUCCAGAAGUUGCCCAUCUCGGCUAUGUAUUGUGUGAUUUUCCAUCGCUUUCUGAAGAAUAUAUCAACAUUCCUGAACAGAUUGCAUUAAUUAGGAGCCUUAAAUUAAAACCUGAUGUUAUCAUUAAUAUUAAGUGCCCAGACAAGGAUUUAUGCAAACGACUCUCUGGACAAAAACAAGAUCCAAUCACAGGAUCUAUCUAUCAACGUGAAGAUUGGGAUCCGGUGUUCAGGGAGAAAAAGAAGAAACUUCAGGAAUCGGAGGGGGAAGAGGAAGAGGAGGAAGAAGAAGAGCUAAUAGAAGAAGAGGAAGAAGAUACCCAGUCCUCGAAAGAUGUUAUGGCUCGUCUUGUUUGCCGACUCGAAGACUUUCCUGAAAAUGUAAAUGAAUGGAUCGUACUCUACAAAGACACUAUGUUGCGUCCUCUGGAGGAUCUCAUGAUUGAUCACGAUGCUCAGUAUCUUAUAGAACUGGAUGGAAAUAAGAAACCAGAAGAACUGUUUAGAUCUGUCUUUUCUCGACUUGAAUCAUUGGGCUUACGUCAUGGAGCUGUUGUAAUGAGACUUCUAGGAUCUGAAGACGAAGAAGUGCCUGAAGGACUGGAUGGUGAGGAACUUUUGCGGGCUCUUUCAUCCUACCAUACAGUGGCGUCUAGAUAUAGAUGGCGCAGAAGCAGAUGGAGUUAUUUUUGUCCAGUUGCACUGAAAGAAGGAUAUAUCAAAAAAGGACUGUCAGAGUUUGCUGUCAGUUUUUUAGAUAAAAUGUACAUACUAUCAUCUGAAGAAGCACUAAAGAAUUUCAUGCAGAAUCCUCGCCCCUAUUUACUUCCUCCAAUGCCACAACCUCCUUGCAAAGUAGCUGUUUUGGGACCCAAAUCCUCUGGUAAAACAACACUCUGCAGCUUGAUAGCUAAACAAUAUAAAGGAAAGGUUUUUGAUAUGGCUCAGCUUAUUAUCCCAUAUGCUGAAGAAGCAAAAGUGAAAGCUAUAGAGAAAGCACAAGAAGAAGCUACUCAGAUGGCUAUACAGACUGUGAGAUUGAAGUUGCAGCAAGAAAAAAUUCUAAAAAAACAAGAAGCAGAGAAAGCAGCUGUAGAGACGGAAGAGCUUUCAACAGGACAAGAAAAAGAAGAAGAUGAUUCUGAAGAAGAAAGUCAGAAAGCAGAAAAAGACAAAGGUUUGGAAGAACAGGUGGCUCAGGCAGAAAUUCCGGAAUCGGCAGAAUUGGUGGAAGAAAUUAAUGAUGACCAUCCUGAGGUGAAAGAAAUGGUGGCUGAAGCAGUGACAAUUGCAAAUCAAACUCCAGUAACAGUGACCCCUGAUGUGUACAUUAGUGCACUGGAUAAUGCUAUCAAAGAGUUCAAUGAAGAGAACAAAGAGAGGUUUCCUGGUGCUCCUCCCAUAGGAGGAUGGGUAUUGGAAAAUUUUCCCAACUCACCAAAUUAUUGGAUACCUUUAUUAGAAAAAGGACUUCUUCCUGACACAGUCUUUUGUCUACGAGACACUUCAUCUAAUGGAAAAUAUUUACUUAGUAGACUUUACCUAAUGAACAAACAAGAAAUAAAUAACAAUAUUUUACUAAGACUUCAAAAAGAAAGUGCAAGGAAGCUGCAAGAAGAGGAAGAAGCAAGGAAGGAACAACAAGAAAUAUUGAGACUACAAGAAGAGAAACAAAAGCAGCUAGAAGCUGAGGAAAGCUCUGACGAAAUGGGACAGAAGCCUGAAGAUGAGUCUGAAGAUCAGCUUCCAGCUGCUUCAGAGCAAAUCUCUUCUCAAGAAUCUGCAAAGGAGACUGAUAAAAGUGCUUUGGAUCCAGAACCAGAACAAGAGAAAGAAAUUCCGGCUAUUCCAGAGAUCGGUAUUCCUUCUGUACCAGAGGGGGAGAUUCCAGAGUUUGGAAUUCCUGCUGUUCCAGUGGAGGAUUUACCAGAAAUUGAAGUUCCAGCUGUUCCAGAGGGAGAGUUUCCAGAUGUGCCAGAGAUGGAACCUCUAAAGCAGUAUAUAUCUAUGUUUAAUGAUGAGUGGUUUCUAUUGGAGCCUGUAUUUGACAAAUACCCAGUAACUCUCACGUCUGUCGAAAUAGCUGAGAAAAUGCCAGAUAGGGUUCUGCAAGAAGUAACUACCUCAAUGGAAAAACCAUUUAAAUACAAUGGCUGGCCAAUGACAUCGGAGGACUUAGAUGAGGAAGCAGAAGAUAUGCAGGCUGAGCAAGAAGCUGAGGAACAAGGGGAAGAGGAGGAGGAAGAGUCAGGAAACGAAGAGGAGGAGGAGGAUGAAGAGAUUGCUAGUGAAAAGAAGAGGCAUUAUGGGGAUUCAAAACACUUUUGUCCUGUGGCCCUAAAAGAAAGCAUGAUACUUCACCCAGGAGAUGUGGACAACGCUGUAAUGUACAGAGAGAAGAUAUAUUACUGCUCAACACCUGAGGCAAAAAACACAUUUCUAAAGAAUCCUGAGAACUAUACUGCGCAUGAGCAACCUUUACAAGCUCCUCCUUUAAGAGUGUUUUUAAUAGGAACCAGUGGUGCUGGCAAAACAAUCAAUGGAAGGUGGUUGGCAGAGAAACUAAGCAUUUUUCACAUCCAAUUCAAAGAGCGCUUACAGGAAAUGAUGCUCUCUAAGCUAGAGAAGAAGGUUGGACCAGAAUUUGAGGACGAUACUGAAGACAUUUUAGAAGAUCAAGAUCUUCAAACUGGAUUAGAAACUAGUCCCACAGAGGACAGCAAGCAGAUAGAUAUGAUGAACACAGAGGAAGAGGUGACUCUAACAGAAGAAGAGGAAGCAGUCCGAUCAUACCUUGCAGACUCAGAACCUUUACCAACAGAACUGCUGGAUCAAGUUGUACCAGAAUGGUGGACAAAGGAACCUUUUCGCACAACUGGGUUUAUUCUAGAUGGAUUCCCCAGCACAUUGGAAGAGCUUCAGUAUAUAGGAGAAAGUGGAUUAUUUCCAGACAUUGCAGUUUUCUUAGAAGUAGACGAAGAUGAUGUUUGUGACCGACUCCUGCCCCCUCGUAUUGCAAAAUGGAGAGAAAAACACACAAAAAAGGAAGACCGUAAACGAAAAAUAAAAGAAAAGAAGCAGAAACUAAAGGAUGAACAAAUUGCUAAAAGACGAGCUGAGCUCUUAGCUGAACAAAAUAAACUGAAUGAGGAAAGAAAGAAAAAUGCGUCUGAGGCUAGUGAUGAAGAAGAGGAGGAAGAUGAAGAAGUUGACACCAUUGAUCUCAUUCUUUCUGAAGAAUUCCCUGAAGAAGAAGAGGAGGAAGAGGAGGAGGAGGAAGAGGAGGAGGAAGAUGCCUUGGAGAGAAUGACAUCUGCAAUUCAAGAAAAGUGUGAAGCUGAUGCUGAGUCUUUAGAGUCACUCAAGGAGGAAUUUCAGAGCCUUAAGAUACCAUUUGUUUCCAUCAAUGGGGGCCGGAAGCCGCAUAUCGUGCGUUACCAGUUAUACCACAAAUUAAAGCAAAUUAUUGAAAAUCGUGAAAGCAUUUUUGAAAAAUGUUUUCCUGUCAGCUUCAUGCUUGCUAGCAAGUUGCUUCAUAUGUCCUAUAAACAGCCAAGUAUCUUUGGACGAUGGGAUCCUGUCAAGCUAAGCCAGGGAGAAGUAAUAAAACCUUUUCAAAACCAAGAAAAACCCGGAUUCCCUUUAAUCUACCGACAGUAUAUUUACUUCUUCUCAACGAAAGAAAAUAGGAACAUUUUCAUUUCGAAUCCUAUUAAAUUUCUUCAUCAGCCAAAGCCCAAACCUUCUGUGCCAAUUAGAAUUGCAAUUGUUGGACCUCCCAAGUCUGGAAAGACUACAGUUGCCAAGAUGUUUGCAAGUGUAUAUGGUCUCCAGCGCCUGUCUAUAGGGGAUACCAUCCGUUCAGUGUUGGAAAAUCAGCCAGAUACUGAUUUAGCCUUCGAAAUUAAAGAUAAUCUUGUAAAGGGAUUGGUUGUACCUGAUGAACUUGCAAUCAAGUGCCUAGAAGUCAGUAUGAUGGACUUAACAUGUAACACAACUGGAAUUGUUAUUGAUGGCUAUCCAGCAACUAAACAACAAGUGGAUCUCUUGGAAGCAAUCUGCAUAAUACCAGUAAAAAUAUUUGAACUACAGCUUUCAAUGAAGGAAAUUCUAAAAAGAGGACUGUCAGACAAGAAAAACACCAAAAGGCCGUAUCCUGAACAUGACAGUGCUCAGAUUCUUGCUGUGCGCAACUCUUGUUAUAAGCAGAAUGUUCAUAAGAUUAGAGAAUACUACACAUCUGUUCAUCAGAAUUGGUGUGAAGUGGAUGCCAUGCGUAGCAAAUGGUGGAUCUCGAAUAAAAUUAUUGGAGAGGUUCAAAAAAGCAUUGAUCAAAUACAAACCUACUUAGCAAGAGUAAAGGAUGGUAAAGCAGCUGGUAUUGCGGAUUUCUGCAUCACUCCACAAGAGCUGCUUCCUCGGCUGGGAGAGUUUUUACAAUACUGCCCAGUGAGUCUAGCACAAAGAGGAGAACUGGUUGACUGCUCAGAAUCCUCUCUGCAGUUUGCAGCAGAGUUCCGAGGACAUUACUAUAAAAUGGCUUCACAGGAGGAAUUGGAUGCCUUUUUACAAACUCCAGAAUUAUAUGUUCCACCACUAGCAACAAGGCCACUCCCUCCUCCUGAGAUGUUACCAAAGAAAUUAACAGUGGCAAAUGUCAAAUCACAAUUCCCAAAAGUUGCAGAGAUGAAAGGAUACUGUCCCGUUACCUAUGUGGAUGGUCACAAGAGAUAUGAAGCUUUAGUUCCCGGGCAUAUUGAAAAUGCUGUGGAGUACAGAGACAGAAUCUAUAUUUUUGAAAGCGAGAUAAAGCUGAAGAAAUUUAUGAGACUUCCAGAAAAGUAUUGGAAUCAUAAGCUUCCAAAUAAACUUCCCCCCAAAAUGGAACCAGUCCUGCUGACAACUCUUCCUUUAACAGGAUACCUUGAGCAGGGAGCAGCAUCCGCUUUAAUAAAAGCUCUAAAUGAUGCGGGAAGCCUGAAGCCAAAGUACCCAUUUUUAAGUGUAAAAAGAUCUGCUUUGCUGUACAUUGCAUAUCAUCUAAAAGCACACAAUCCUCGGAAAUCUGACUACAUAAGGAGGAAAUACAAGAAAAAGAUGGAGCAAUUUCUAGAGCAUUGUGAGCUCAUUACCUAUCUUGGAAAUAAGAUGACACAAAAAUACAUGGAUCCUCAAAGGAGACCCAUUGAUUUUGAUUUUAAGUUGCAGUACUUCUUAGCACUUAAAGAUGUAAACCCUAUUUGCAUUUAAUGGAUAUACACUAAUAUACAUUCAAACCAAA